UCGAAACGCAAAAUUUCAAUAAAGCACUUUAGCUUAUCACCUUUGUAAUGUUAAUGAUAUUUAUCCAAUUCAGAACGCAUAGUAAAGAGUAAUGUCUGAAUCAGAAGAAGAUAUAUCAGAAAAGAAUGUUAAAGUCGUCGUGCUGGGUGAUCCGACUGUAGGAAAAACGAGCAUUGUUAGAAGAUUUUGUUAUGAUGAAUUUACUAGAUACUACGUUCAAACCAUGGGUGCAGAUUUUUAUAUCAAACGAAUGGAUUUGUCUAAAAAGAAAGAAAUCUCAGUGCGAGUUUCAGACAUCGGCGGUAUUCAGUUGAACGAAAAAAUGCUAAAGAAUUAUUUAUUCAAUUCCAAUAUUGUUAUUAUUGUAUAUGAUAUAACAAAUGCCCAAAGCUUCGAAAGUACUUUAAUGUGGUUGAAUGAAGUAAAGAAAAUUGUUGAUAAUUCAAAACAAAUAGCAAUUUUCGGAAAUAAAUCUGAUUUGGAACACAAACGAAUUGUGAAAUUAGACAAAAUCCAGAGAUUCGUUAUAGAAUUUGGAAUUUUAAAUUACUGCGUUUCUGCAAAGACAGGAGAAAAUGUUCAUUCUUCAUUGACGAAUUUAAUAGCUAAACAUUUUGGGAUACAAUUGACAAGAAUCGAAAGAGAGAAACAGGCUCCUAUUGUACGAGCCGAAUUGACAUCACAUGUAGAAAAAUCUAGAGUCAUUGUAAACACCCGAAACAAUCAUUCUGAUAUGUCGUCAGUUACAUGUUCUCUACAGUGAUUUUUGUCUUCAAGAUAUUUUUUAGUGAGAUUUUUGGAUGGAGACAAAAUUUCUACAAAUUAUACAGCAUAAAAGUCGUACAAUAAUCAAAACAUCACAUAUCAUUAAAAUAUUUACUGCCAGUUAUAAACCGUUUAAAUACUUUUGCAAUUUUGCAUAUUCUAUAAGUAAUUUAUAACUUUUUGAUACUAAAGUAAUUUUUCAUCAUCUAUUUAAUUAUUUUGAAUUAAAUUGAAUUUCACAAUUAACUUUUUAAUCAAGCUCUAAUUUGUAUUCUAUGGUAUAGAAUACCAUAAGUGAUCUUAUUUUUUGAUUUCAAAUCCAGGACGGGAACUUAUAGUUAAGUUAAAUGAAUUAAAUAUGGUUUUUGUAAUAAAAAUUAUACAUAAUAAAUACUGUUUAAGGAUAUAAUAAAA